CCUCCCACUCCACCCCCUCCUCCCCCACCUUCCUGCCCACGCAUUUGCCUGGGUCGAGGGUGGCAGGAAGGGAGGUGCUGGGCACCGGCCGUGAAGAGCAACCCCCCACCUCUCCCUGGGAGAGCCCGCACCCAGGCUGCGUCCGGCACAGGUCCGACGGCCCCCGCCAUGCACCCCACCGAGCCCAGGAGCCCCAGCCCCGGGACGGCGUCCUGGGACUACUCGGGGUCCGGCGCCCUGGAGGAGCUGGAGCCUUGCCUGGCCCCGGACCUGCCCUACGGCUACGCCUACAUCCCCGCGCUCUACCUGGCGGCCUUCGUGGUGGGCCUGCUGGGCAACGCCUUCGUGGUGUGGCUGCUGGCCGCGCGGCCUGGCCCGCGGCGCCUCGUGGACACCUUCGUGCUGCACCUGGCCGCCGCCGACCUGGGCUUCGUGCUCACGCUGCCGCUGUGGGCGGCGGCGGCGGCGAGCGGCGGCCGCUGGCCCUUCGGCGAGGGCCUCUGCAAGCUCAGCGGCUUCGCGCUGGCCGGCACGCGCUGCGCAGGCGCGCUGCUGCUGGCGGGCCUGAGCGUGGACCGCUACCUGGCGGUGGUGAAGCUGCUCGACGCGCGGCCCCUGCGCACCCCGCGCUGCGCGCUGGCCGUCUGCUGCGGCGUGUGGGCCGUGGCGCUCCUGGCCGGCCUGCCCUCCCUGGCCUACCGGGGGCUGCAGCCCCUCCCCGGCGGCGGGGGCAGCCAGUGCGGGGAGGAGCCCUCCGACGCCUUCCAGGGCCUGAGCCUGCUGGUGCUGCUGCUCACCUGCGUGCUGCCCCUGGGCGUCACCCUGGUCUGCUACUGCCGCAUCUCCUGCCGCCUGCGCCGGCCGCCGCACCUGGGCCGGGCCCGGAGGAACUCGCUGCGCAUCAUCUUCGCCGUCGAGAGCGCGUUCGUGGGCUCCUGGCUGCCCUUCGGCGCCCUGCGGGCCGUCUUCCACCUGGCGCGCCUGGGGGCGGUGCCGCUGCCCUGCGGCCUGCUGCUGGCGCUGCGCUGGGGCCUCAGCAUCGCCACCUGCCUGGCCUUCGUCAACAGCUGCGCCAACCCGCUCAUCUACCUGCUGCUGGACCGUUCGUUCCGCGCCCGGGCCUGGCGCGGAGUCUGCUUGCGCGCCGACCGCCCGGCGCGCAGGGGCAGCUCGGUGUCCUCGCUCUGCAGGGACGACAGCUCAGUGUUCCGGAGUCCGGCCGGCAGCUGGGAGCGAGCCCGGACGGCGAACGCUGGCUCGGCAGUGCGGUAGCCGCCCCGGCCCCGUGGAGGUGGCGGCCCCGGAGCCCGCGGGGGGGACGAGACCCGCGGGAGUGCGUGGGGGGUGGGGGUGGUGCCGGCUUCCCCAGACAUGCCUUCUCUGCUGGCUGCGGGCCGCCCCAGCCGGCGCUGCCUGGACUCCCAGGGUCUCCUUCAUUAGCUUUCUCAGAACCUCAGCGCCUUUUGAACUCUCUCCCACCCCCGCCCCCAAACCAGUCGGCUGAGACCAGCUGUUCUCUCAGCCCAGUGGGUGUGUGGGGGGGGGGGGGUAAUUUUCUCCAGUCCCAUAAAGGUCCUAUGAGACCGUGCAGACAGCAAUCUGGACACCCACAUACAUGUUCGCCAAGUAGAAGAAGGAGAAGUGGGUUUCCUCCUUUGCCCCAUCGGGAAUAACACUGGCCAGAAUACCAAACCCAGACUCCCCCAAGAGUGACUGUUGUCUCUGGCUAUGCUUUCUCUGAACCCCUACAAAUAGCUACUACCUUCUGAGAAAUACCUUCUCGAAGUCGGACUCUCUGGCCCGCUCAUUCUCCAAAAUUUCUAUAGAAUAUGGGAAUCGACAGCCCUUUCAUACUUAGUCAUCUUUGUAGCUGUCUUUGCUGUAUCAUUAGUCACUAUCAGUUCAGACUUUCGUUUUCAAAGCUCACCAAAGCCAUGGGAACCAGCCCCAGCGUGAGCUGCCCAGUUUAUCCCUCCGGACAAUUUCCCUACAUGUGCUUGGCCUGCCCUGGUUUUGUAUCUUCUCCCCAUUCCCACGAAGCUGAAGGACUCACCCUGGAAAGUAUCUCGGCCCUUCCCUCUGGACAGAAGAUUCUGAAAUCGUUCACCAGAGUCUCUGUCACUUGGCCAGGGACACCAGAAUCUCUUGCAUCAGUUCACCUUUCUCAAUAAACACUGUUGCUAGCCUGAA